AUGUGUCAGAAAACCAUUUUUCCCUUCAAUGUUUCAGCCCGUAGCCCUGCUCAGAACAACAAAGUGUGUAGCAUCUGGGGAAAUUUUCACAUCAAGAUGUAUGAUGGAGAGGUCUAUCAGUUUCCUGGAACAUGCAACUAUGUUUUAACGUCACACUGUGGAAGUAACUAUGAGGAUUUUAAUAUUCAAAUACGGAAGAAUGUGGUGAAUGAACAACCCAAGAUCAUCCAUGUUACCAUGAAGCUUGAUGGGACAGUUGUGACUGUCAGUGGUGACACUAUUUCUGUAGAUGACAAACAAGUUUUACUACCUUACAACCAGUUGGGUGUUCAGAUUGAAAAGAGCAGCUUAUAUGUCAAGAUCAAGGCCAAAUCUGGUGUGAUGGUCACCUGGAAUGGAGAGGAUGCCUUGAUGGUGGAAAUGCCUGAAAAGUACAUGAAUGAAACAUGUGGGCUCUGUGGUGAUUUCAAUGGCAUUGAAAAUUAUGGAGGCUUUUAUGCAAAUGGGAUAAAAGUAACUCCAAUUGAGUUUGGCAACCUUCAAAAAUUUGAUGGACCAAAAGAAACAUGUCAAGAUGUUCUUCCUCAACCUGCCAGUAAAAAUGUUCAGAAUACGCAACCAAUCUGUGAGCAGAUUCUCUCCAGUCCAGUGUUUGCCAGCUGCAAUGCACUGCUCUCCAUAACCUCCUUUGUCCAGGCCUGUGUGAUAGACAUGGUUGACUGUGGUAAAAAUAAGACCUCUUCCUGUCUAUGUCAUACCGUGUCAGAAUAUUCCCGUCAGUGUGCUAAUGCUGGAGGUCAUCCCCAGAACUGGAGGACAGCUGAAUUUUGCACUAAGAAGUGCCCCCAGAACUUGAUCCACAGUGAGUGUGGCAGCCCAUGUAUCAAUACUUGCUCUCACCCAGUGCAAAAUCAGCUUUGCAUCAAGAACUGCAGUGAUGGCUGCUUCUGUCCACCAGGUAUGGUCUUGGAUGACAUAACUAAGAAAGGCUGUAUCCCCCUAACAAAAUGUUCUUGUACCCACAAUGGCCAAGUAUACCACUCUGGGCAGUCAUACUCCAGUAACUGCAGAAGCUGUACCUGUAGUGGAGGAUUAUGGACUUGCAAAGAUUUGGACUGUCCUGGGACUUGUGCUGUAGAGGGUGGCUCCCACAUCACCUCUUUUGAUGGAACACAGUUCACUUUCCAUGGAGACUGCACUUACUUACUAUCCAAGGAUCAUGUGGAUAACAGAUUUGCCAUUCUAUCUGAGAUUGUCAAGUGUGGACAAUCAAAUACAGAAACAUGUCUGAAGUCUGUGACUCUGUCUUUGCCCACCACAAAUACGGUCAUCAUGGUUAACCCAGCUGGAGAGAUGUACGUAAAUGGGAUUUUGAUGCAAAUUCCAUUAAAUACAGGCAAUUUCACCGCCUUCAAUCCAUCAACAUUUCACAUGAUCAUCGACACAACUUUUGGGCUCCAGCUCCAAAUUCAGUUGUCCCCUUUAAUGCAGGUCUAUGUAACUAUUGAUGCCUCCUACAAGAGCAACACUUGUGGUCUCUGUGGUAAUUUUAAUAAUGUUCAAACGGAUGACUUUAAUACUGCCAGUGGAGUUACAGAAGGAACAGCUUCUGCUUUUGCUAACACUUGGAAGACCAUGGCAACAUGCCCAGAUGUACUUGAUAGCUAUGAUGACCCCUGCAGUCAGAGUGUUGAAAAUGAACAGUUUGCAAAACGUUGGUGCUCCCUACUGUCAGAUCCAUCAGGACCAUUUUCUCCCUGUCACAGUGUGAUAGUUUCUACAUCCUAUGAAAAAAACUGCAUGUAUGACAUUUGUACAUAUGAGCAAAGUGAGGACUCUAUGUGUGCAGCAGUCUCCUCCUAUGUUCGGGCCUGUGCAGCCAAGGGAGUCUUUCUGACAGGCUGGAGGUCAACCAUUUGCACUAAUUAUUCUACCUCCUGUCCAAAGACAAUGACCUACAGCUACAGGAUGACAAGCUGUGAUCAUACUUGCCGGUCUCUCAGUGAGCCAGAUUUCACAUGCAGUGUUCAGUUUGUACCUGUAGAUGGUUGUGGAUGUAAGCAGGGUACCUACAUGAACCAGAAUGGCGAGUGUGUCCAUGAGUCAGAAUGUCCGUGUUACAACAAAGGUUCAGUAUUGCUUGCUGGAGAGGUUGUCUCAAGGGAUGGAGCCAUGUGCACUUGCAGUAACGGAAAGUUGAGAUGUAUGGGAUCAGAUAAACCAAAAACAGGAGGAUGUGCGUAGCCAAUGACCUACCUUAAUUGCUCCACUCUACCCCUUGGAUCUCCUGGAGCAGAGUGUCAGAAGAGUUGUCAGACUCUUCACAUGGAGUGUUACAGUAAAGGGUGUGUCUCGGGCUGUGUAUGUCCAACGGGCCUGGUGUCUAAUGGCCAUGGCAAGUGCAUUCUUGCUUCCCAGUGUCCUUGUAUUCACAAUGGAAUAACAUAUAAACCUGGUGAGAAGAUGAAAGUGGGCUGCAACACCUGCACCUGCAAAGACCAGAAAUGGCAAUGCACUAAUCUGCAGUGUCACGGUUCUUGUGUCAUCCAAGGAGAGGGGCAUCACCUCACGUUUGAUGGGAAAAGAUUCAGUUUUAGUGGCAACUGUGAAUACACUGUUGCUCAGGAUUACUGCGGAAUUAACUCCAAUAAUGGCACUUUCCGUGUGAUCACAGAGAAUAUCCCCUGUGGAAGCACUGGGACCACAUGCUCCAAGGCCAUCAAGCUUUUUCUGGGGAAAGAUGAACUCAGAUUGUCAGAGGGUCAGUAUGAACUCAUGAAGAGAGACGUUGGUGUUGACAUGCCUUACAAGAUCAUGCAUAUGGGAAUUUAUGUAGUGAUUGAAACCAAGACCGGGCUGAUCCUCAUGUGGGACAAGAAAACCAGUGUGCACAUUAAGCUGAGCGCCUCUUUCAAGGGUAAUGUCUGUGGCCUCUGUGGUAAUUAUGAUGGGAAUGCAAACAAUGACUUCACGACUAGAAGCCAGUCAUUAGUGGUUAACGCCAUGGAGUUUGGGAAUGGCUGGAAGGUGUCCCCUAACUGCCCAGAUGCUAAAGUUCCUAAAGAUCCCUGCACUUCCAAUCCCUACCGGAGGUCCUGGGCUCUAAAACAGUGUAGCAUCAUUAAGAGUAAAGUGUUUGCUGCCUGUCACCCUCAGGUAGACCCUACUCCUUAUUUUGAUGCCUGUGUUUAUGACUCUUGCGCCUGUGACUCUGGUGGUGACUGUGAGUGCUUCUGCACAUCUGUGGCGGCUUAUGCUGCUGCCUGUAAUGAGGCCAAUGUGUGUGUAUCCUGGAGAACGCCUAACCUUUGCCCUCUUUUUUGUGAUUAUUACAAUGGCCCUGAUCAGUGUGAGUGGCACUACAAACCCUGUGGAGUUCCUUGUAUGAGAACUUGCCGAAAUCCCAGUGGGACAUGUUCCAGUCAGAUCCCAGGACUAGAAGGUUGCUAUCCAAAAUGCCCCCCAAGAAAACCAUUUUUUGAUGAAGACUCCAUGAAAUGUGUAGCAAGAAAAGAUUGUGGUUGUUAUGAUAAACAAGACCACCAUUAUCAAAUUGGAGAGAAAAUGCCAACCAGUAAUGUUUGCCAGACCUGUGUAUGCUCACAAAAAGGAGUACAAUGUCAUUAUGAUGUUAAGGCUUGCAAGUGCAUCUAUAACAUGAAGGAGUUCCCACUGAACGCUAUCAUCUACAACACUACGGAUGGCUUAGGAGACUGCAUCACAGCUACCUGCAAGGAGAAUGGCACAAUUCAAAGAGAGAUGUACCCCUGUGCUGCAACUACCACAGCAUCCACCACAGCAUUUGUUUUUAACACUACUGUUCCUCCCUCAACUGUCCCCACACAGCAUUUGUCAUCAAUGAAUCCCUCUUCUGCUACAUCAAGCCAGCCUAAAACCACAUGUGAAGAAGAAGUCUGCAAAUGGUCAAUUUGGUAUAAUGUUGAUGGACCAGACCAGGGAGACCUGGAAGGAGAUUAUGAAACUUUUGAAAAUAUCAUCAAGAAAGGAUAUGCUGUGUGCCAAGCACCUCUAUCAGUUGAAUGCCGUUCACACCUCUAUCCUGAUACCCCAAUUACUCAGUUAAAACAGGCUGUUCAAUGUAAUAAAACCUUUGGACUUAUUUGCAAACAUGAGGAUCAACAUCCUACAAAAUGCCUCGAUUAUGAGGUCCGAAUUCUUUGUUGUGUUUUCACCACUUGCCAUACAACAGUUGCUGUAGAAUCAUACACCACUCAUCUUUCAUCUGUAGCUCCAACCACCUCAAUAUCAGAAAACACCAUCAACACUAAACAGACGUCACCUGAAUACUCAAGUGGGAAGACAACAUCAGGAGUGUCAAAUGAGCAAACAACACCAAGAAUAACAACUAAAUUUGAAUCAAGUGAGCACACAACACCUGGAAUUACAACUAAACACGCGUCACCUGAAUAUUCAAGUGAGCAGACAACACCAGGAAUUUCAACUAAACACACUUCAGCAGAAUACUCAAGUGAGCACACAACACCAGGAUCAAGUGAAUCAAGUGAGCACACAACACCUGGAAUUUCAACUAAACACACGUCACCUGAAUAUUCAAGGGAGCAGACAACACCAGGAGUGUCAAAGGAGCAAACAACACCUAGAAUAACAACUAAAUUUGCAUCAACUGAGCACACAACACCUGGAAGUUCAACUAAACACACAUCAUCUGAAUAUUCAAGUGAGCAGACCACACCAGGAGUAUCAAGGCAGGAAACGACACCUAGAAUGACAACUAAAUUAGCAUCAAGUGAGCACACAACUCCAGGAAUUUCAACUAAACACACGUCAUCUGAAUAUUCAAGUGAGCAGACCACACCUGGAAGUUCAACUAAACACACGUCAUCUGACUAUUCAAGUGAGCAGACCACACCUGGAAGUUCAACUAAACACAUGUCAGCUGAAUACUCAAGUGAGCAGACAACACCAGGAGUAUCAAGGGAGCAAACGACACCUAGAAUAACAACUAAAUUAGCAUCAACUGAAUACUCAAGUGAGCAGACAACACCAGGAAUAUCUACUAAACACACGUCAUCUGAAUAUUCAAGUGAGCAGACCACACCCGGAAGUUCAACUAAACACACGCCAUCUGAAUACUCAAGUGGGCAGACAACACCAGGAGUAUCAAGGGAACAAACAACACCUAGAAUAACAACUAAAUUAGCAUCAAGUGAGCAGACAACACCAGGAAUUUCAACUAAACACACAUCAGCUGAAAACACAAGUGAGCAGACCACACCUGGAAGUUCAACUAAACACACGUCAUCUGAAUACUCAAGUGGGCAGACAACACCAGGAGUAUCAAGGGAACAAACAACACCUAGAAUAACAACUAAAUUUGCAUCAAGUGAGCAGACCACACCAGGAAUUUCAACUAAACACACGUCAUCUGAAUAUUCAAGUGAGCAGACCACACCAGGAGUAUCAAGGGAGCAAACAACACCUAGAAUAACAACUAAAUUAGCAUCAAGUGAGCAGACCACACCUGGAAGUUCAACUAAACACACGUCAUCUGAACAUUCAAGUGAGCAGACCACACCUGGAAGUUCAACUAAACACACGUCAUCUGAAUAUUCAAGUGAGCAGACCACACCUGGAGGUUCAACUAAACACAUAUCACCUGAAUAUUCAACUGAAUACUCAAGUGGGCAGACAACACCAGGAAUUUCAACUAAACACACAUCAGCUGAAAACACAAGUGAGGAGACCACACCUGGAAGUUCAACUAAACACACGUCAUCUGAAUACUCAAGUGGGCAGACAACACCAGGAGUAUCAAGGGAACAAACAACACCUAGAAUAACAACUAAAUUUGCUUCAAGUGAGCAGACCACACCAGGAAUUUCAACUAAACACACGUCAUCUGAAUAUUCAAGUGAGCAGACCACACCAGGAGUAUCAAGGGAGCAAACAACACCUAGAAUAACAACUAAAUUAGCAUCAAGUGAGCAGACCACACCUGGAAGUUCAACUAAACACAUGUUAUCUGAAUAUUCAAGUCAGCAGACAACACCUGGAGUUUCAACUAAACACACGUCAUCUGAAUACUCAAGUGGGCAGACAACACCAGGAGUAUCAAGGGAGCCAACAACACCUAGAAUAACAACUAAAUUAGCAUCAAGUGAGCAGACAAGACCAGGAAUUUCAACUAAACACACAUCAGCUGAAAACACAAGUGAGCAGACCAUACCUCGAAGUUCAACUAAACACACGUCAUCUGAAUAUUCCAGUGAGCAGACAACACCAGGAGUAUCACGGGAGCAAACGACACCUAGAAUAACAACUAAAUUAGCAUCAAGUGAGCAGACAACACCUGAAAUUUCAACUAAACACACGUCAACUGAAUAUUCAAGUGAGCAGACAACACCUGGAAUGUCAUCUAAAUUAACAUCAAGUAAGGAAACAAUGCCACUCUAUACAAGUAAACAAACAACAGUCCCUCAAUCAACCAAUAUUUUAUCAACUACUAAUAAUCCAACAACUCAGCAUGAAACAACUAGUAUUGCAUUCAUCUCCACCUCUCUUCCUACUGCUGAGGUCACUAGCUCACCAACUACUUGCAGGCGUCAGUGCCAGUGGUCUGAUUGGUAUGACACACAUUUCCCCAGCCUUGUUAAAAAUGAUGGUGACUUUGAAACUUAUCAGAAUAUUCAACAAAAAGGUGGAAAUAUUUGUGCUAAUCCAGCUAAAAUUGAGUGCAGAGCAGAAAAAUUUCCUAAUAAGACAUUACAGGAAGUCAAUCAAAUAGUUCAGUGUAACGUGUCAGUGGGAUUACAAUGUAAGAAUGAAGAUCAAGAUGGAGAAUUCCCGUUAUGCUACAAUUACCAGAUCAGGGUUCUCUGUUGUGGCAUUUAUUACUGUGAAACAACAGUCAUGCAAGCAGGAAAUACCACUCUGUUACCAUCAACUCCAUCUGGAAAUGAAGUAUCGAAUCCAAGUGGAUACCCUUUAAGCUCAACUGUAUCAAGCACUCUUGAGGAAAUAAGAACUUCUAAUGUUACUCCUAGUUCAAAAUCAACAGUUGUUCCUUUUAGCACAACCAAUGAAAAAACACACAGAAGCUUUACAACAUCAAUUGUACCAACAACGUCUAAUACAUCUAUUAGCAUUGGAAUAUCUUCAGCAUCAAGCACCACUCUAAGGUUGUCUACUGUAAUGUCCACAGCCUUAGGAACAAACAUCAUUACAUCAGGCACUGGAACAGUCAAGUCAACAACCAAGAAAACAACAAGAUCACAGCCAACCUCAGAAUAUGUUAAAGAACUAACAGAAACUCUUCCAACUUUGAUAAUCCCAAGUGAUUCUCCAACUCCUUUUACAGUUACUGAUAAAAGUAUUGUUACUCUGCCUUUAAUAUCUGACACUUCAACAGAAUCCUCACCUUUGACAAAAUCGCAAGGUCUUAGCACUAAACCUGAACUUACUACAAUAAUAUCUGCAAUUACCCCAGUCAUUUCAACAGAGCAUGUUUCAUACAGCACAUCACAGCUGAGUGAAAGCUCAUCCUCUCAAGUGCCCACAAGACCUCUUUCUAAAAGCACAACACAGCAAACAACAGUAACAACACAAAUGUUAGACAAGUCCACAGGCCAAGUCUCUAAGAGCACAUCACAGAAGACAACUGAGAAAACAACUUCGCAGAAGAUGACUGAGAAAACAACUUACCUUAUCACCACAAGACCUGUUUCUAAAAUUAAUACUUUGUCAUCCACAGAAUUAAUCACUAAGACUUCACAGAAAGUAACUGAAGCAACUUCCUCUCCAAAGCCAACAGGAGAUGUUUCUAAGACCACAUCUUGGAAGACUACUGAAAAGCCUAUUUCUUCAUUGUCCACAGUGCCAGUCUCCAAAACCACAUCACAGACAGCAACAGGAAAGAGUACUUCUUCAUUGUUCUCUGGGUCAGUUUCCAAAACUACAUCACAGAUGACAACUGAAAAAACUACUUCCCCUCUGCCCACUGAUCUGGUCUCAAAAACCACAUUUCUCAGGUCAACUGAAAAAACAACAUCCUUGUCCACAGACUUAGGCUCUGAAAAGACUACCUCUUCAAAGAUAACAGAAUAUGUUUCUAAGACCACAUCAUGGAAGACUUCUGAAAAGACAGCAAUUUCACUGUCCAUAGGCCCAGUUUCCACAACCACAUCACACAGCAUGACAGAAAAAACUACAUCUCCAAAACUAACAGGUUCGGUCACUGGCACCACAUCUCUGAAAUCUACAGAAAGGACAGUUUCACCAGUACCCACAGAAACGACGUAUAAGACCACAUCACAAAAAACAGAAAAAACUACUUCAUUUUCUACUGGGGUGGUCUCAAAGACAACAAUGCAAAAGACAAGUGAUAAGCUGACCUCUACAAAGUCAACAGAACCUGUUUCAAAAACCACAUCAUGGAAGACUACUGGGAAGUCUGCUGCCUCAUCAUUAUUCACAGAGCCAGUCCCCAAGACAACAUCACAGAGGAUCACAGUGAUGAGUACCAAUUCAAACACCACAGGAACUGUUUCUCAGACAGCAAGCCAGAAAACUACAGCAAAAACAAUGCCUACAGUGCCUGCCACCAAGACCACACUGCAGAAAACUGAAAAGACAACUUCAUUAUCUACAGGGAUGUUGUCUAAGACAACAUCACAGAAGAUAACUGAUACAAAAUCAACAUUGCCGGUAUCUAAAACUACACCACUAAAAUCAACCGGAAACACAACCCAUUCAGUGUCCACAGGAUCCAUCUCAAAGAGCACAUCAAACACUACAACAACAAAGACUACUCUUAUGUCCACCGGCCUAGUAACAAAGACAACACUCCUGACAACUAUAGAAAAAAUAUCCUCUUCAGGAGGAACAACAAGACCUACAUCCAAGAGCACAUCACAGAAAACAACCAGCAAAUCAGUCUCUCAAAUGUCCUCAACCCCUGCUACAAAGACCACAAAAUCCACCUUUAAGACAACCACCUCCACUGACAUCACUCAUUCAUCAUCAAGAACAUUCAGUACUACUACACCUAGAACCACCCUGUGUAAACCAAAAUGUGCUUGGUCCCAGUGGUAUGAUGUCAGUAAGCCAUCAAAUACAUCCGGAGGAGAAUUUGAAACCAUAGAGAACAUACAAAAAGCUGGACUCAGAGUCUGUAUUAACCCAAAGCAAAUCAAAUGCAGAGCUGUUGACUUCCCCCAAGCAAAGCUUUCUAGCUUGAAUCAAAAAGUAUCCUGUAACUACACCUUUGGCCUCAGAUGUAUUAAUAAAAAUCAGCCACAGAAUAUGUGCUAUAAUUAUGAGGUGAGUUUCCAAUGCUGUACCUCAUGUACACAGACUACAGCUACUCCUUAUUCGACAAUUCCAGCAUCUAUAAGAACAGAAAAUACCACUGCCAGUUCACAGAGAACCACCUCUCGGAAAUCUACUCUAGUUCAGACCACCAAAACCUCAAGUCAAAUACCCACAUCAGGGCAUCAGUCUCAGAUUACCUCUUCCACAUCUAUAUCUAGCUCUUCAUCCAGGAUCUCCACACCAGUGACUUCUACUUCAGGACAUGUUUCCAGUCCUGUAUCUGCCUCAAUGAAAUCAACAAUGCACAGGUUAUCAACUACAGAAAGAACAACAAGUCAACAGAUGACCAUACUUCAAGGAUCAACUGCUCAUACGCCGUUUACGUCAGGAAGAUUCUCCACUCAAGAAGGAUCAACUACUCAUAGACUCUCCACAUCACCUGAGUCUACAACUCACAGACCGUCAAUACCAGGACUUUCAACUACUCCAGUUAAACUCUCCUCCAGUAGCCCAAGUAUUUCCACAACUCACUGUGUUUGCAGCGUCAAUGGACAGAAAUUCCAAGCAGGUCAGCUCAUUUACAAUACCACAGAUGAAAAUGGUUGGUGUUACACUGCCUUCUGUAAUGCAACAUGUGGUAUACAGAAGUCAAGCCGAGAUUGUAGUUCUACUCCUACACCUUCCUCCUCCUCAAAGAUGACUACACCAUUCACAACUAAAGAAGGUUCCAUCUCUACAUCUGUAAAGGUAGAAACAACAAUUCCAGCUAAAACUGGCUGCUCAGCCAUGAUCCCGCCAAGAAAGAUUAACGAGACAUGGAUGUUGGACAAAUGCACAAAAGCCACAUGCAAAGGCCAUGACCAAAUUCAGGUUACUCCAGUUCAGUGCAAGCCAGUCCAGCCUCUAACGUGUGUCAAUGGGCGACCUGCUCGCAAGAUCUAUGACUCAUCUGGAUGUUGCUACAGAUAUGAAUGUGAAUGUGUAUGUACUACCUGGGGAUACCAGCAUCACAUGACCUUUGAUGGCACCUGUUACCAGUACAGUAGCAACUGCACCCGUGUUCUGGUGGAAGAAAUCACAAAGAAUGACCAUUUCCUUAUCAAUGUGGAUGAUGGUGAUUGCUUUAAAAAGAACCAGGACUCCUGCACACGGUCCCUUUGGAUCUUCUAUCAAGGCAACAAAUUGUUCCUCACUGCAGAUGAAAAGAAGAACUUGGUUUACUUCAAUGGUAAUCUUGUUUCUCGAAACAUUGUCAAAAAUGGCUUCAAAAUCUACAGCACUGGCAUCAGCAUUCACGUUACAAUACUUGAUAUCAACAUUCACAUUGCCUAUGACAGAAUGAUUGCAGUGAUCACACUGCCAUAUAAGCGUUUCUUCAAUAAUACCCAAGGGCUGUGUGGUACUUGCACUAAUCUUCAAAAUGAUGAUUGCCGUCUAGCAAAUGGUAAAAUUGAAUCCUCUUGUGUUGACAUGGCUGAACACUGGACAACUCCUAAUCAGAUAGGGUGUAUUCCAGCACUUCAGCCAACCUCCCAACCUACUCCUCCAUCAAGUUCAUUCAUGACAUCUUUGCCCUCGUCUGGUCCCUCUACCCUUUUAUCAAGCUCAGUCUCAAUCAGCUUGCUUUCUUCCAUUCCUUCUACAUCUUCAAUAGGUUCUUCAUCUUUGGUUUCAACAACUUUGCCUGUCUCUUCAUUCACCGAGUCUCACACUACACCAGUGACUACCAAACCAACCAAAAAUCCUGUAUGCAAGCCACCACUUUGCAAGCUAAUUACAAGCAGUAUCUUUGCAGAGUGUCACAAUCUGCUACCUUCGGAGCCUUACUAUGCAGCUUGUGUGGUGGAUUCGUGCCAGAUGAAUAAAGUGAACCCAGAAUGCAGUAGUUUGCAGAACUAUGCAGCUAUGUGUGCUGAUCUCGGGGUCUGCAUUGACUGGAGGAACCAUACUAAUGGAAAAUGCGCAUAUAACUGUCCUAAAGAAAAAGAAUAUAAAGCCUGUGGACCAGCCAUUGAAUUCACCUGUAACUAUAGAUACAAUGAGGACUUUGCCAAAAAAGAUAUCAAAGAGACCAACGUUUACGAAGGCUGCUUUUGCCCUGAGGGAAAGACUCUUUUCAACUCACAAUCAGACAUUUGUGUCUCAUCUUGUGACUGUGUUGGCCCAGAUGGAAUGCCAAAAAAGCCCAAUGAGAUAUGGCAGAGCAACUGCCAUCAGUGUGUCUGUGAUAAGGACUCCUUAAGUGUUCAGUGUAAGCCCAUGGAGUGUCCGAAAUUGCUGGCAGUCUCCUGUGAUAAGGAAGGCCAAGUUGCCAAAAGUGAGCCAAUGGCUAACAACUCCUGCUGCUCAAUUACUAAAUGUGAGUGCAACGCAACCCUUUGUCCUAAAGUCCAAAAGAGUUGUGAAGCUGGAUUCCAGGUAGUAGUCAAAACAGUGAAUGGUGAAUGCUGCCCUGUCUAUGAAUGUGUACCAAAGAAUGUCUGUGUUUUCAACAAUACAGAGUACCAGGUUGGAGCAACUCUGUCAAAAUCCAGCUGUGAAAACUGCCAAUGUACCGCUGAGGUGGACCCAUCCACGCAGCUCCAUAAAAUCAUCUGUGAAGAGAAGACAUGUGACAUGCACUGCUCUAUAGGUUUUACCUAUCAGGAUGUUCCAGGACAAUGUUGUGGAAAGUGUGUACAAGUUGCAUGCAUCUUCCCAAUGCCUAUUAUUUCCAAUAAUAUCACCAACAGUUACUACACUCCCAGUGCCAACAGUGGCAGUCCUCGUGGCAGCACCAGUAAUCCAAAUGAGAACAGUUCUGCUGGAGGCAAUGUAACUCCCAAUGGGAACACUGGUAAAUCCACAGGAAGCAACAGUAGUCCCAACAGAACCAAUGACUACACUGACAGUCCCAUUCACAACAAUGGCAAUGGAACUCCCACUGGUAACAACGGUCUUCCCACAAGUAAAGGCAGUCCCAGUAUCAUUUCUGGUGACAACAGUACCUACAUACUUGAGCCUGGGCAUAUCAUAACAUUUCCUGGUGACAACUGUACCCACUAUGAGUGCCUUAUGAUUGAUGGUCAAUACGUGCCUAUCACUUCGAAGAAAUCAUGCCCUGAGUUCCAUCCUGAAAAUUGCAUCCCGGGAACUAUUCGGUUAUCAAGUGAUGGCUGCUGCCAGACUUGUGAUGAAAAGCAAGAGAAGUGCAGAGUUCUGAAGAAGCCGACCAUUAUGACUCAUGAAGGCUGCCAAUCACAGCUGCCUGUUGAGGUGUCAUCUUGUGAGGGAACCUGCAAGACCUACUCCAUGUACUUAUCAGAAGCCAACAUUAUUGGGCAUAAGUGCAGCUGCUGCCAAGAAAUGAAAACCAGCCUGAAAAAACGUAUCUCUGAACUGUACCAACGGGACAACCAUCAGUCACACCUACAUCUAUGUAGAACAAUGUGGCUGCAAGGACACCAGAUGUGAAGUAAAAGACCACGCCUGAUUUACUAGUACAGAGAAUGCAAAAGAUACUGGGAACAUCUGGAGAAUUUAUGAAAAUAAUUAACAUGGCAGCCUUUUGUAUCGAGGGAAUGCAGAAGAGUAUCGGGAAGACUAAGAACAAAAAUAAAAUCACAGCCAGUGGGGACUUAUAGAAACAAAAAGGAUCUUCACGUCCCUCACUUUAAGUAACUCAAAUGAGAGGAAUGUCCCCAAUUGCUAGUAAACCUGAUUCAUUUUGUUGUAAUGUAUUUAAAUUGGAAAAUGAUAUGUGCAUUAUGAUGUAUAUUUACUGAUUAAUAAAAUCAAAUGAAAGCAUUAAUUUAAGUUGGAAAAUAUAUUCAUGAUUUAUCUGAUUUGCUUCAGGUUUUAAAUAAGCAAAGUUAAUGCAAUUUGACUGAAUGUGUAUGACCGAACCAAGCUUUCUGUAGUGCAUAUGU